CUGAUCGAAUUAAACAGUUGCACUGCAAGCAGCAUCACCACAGCAUCAGCAUCAAGAGACCCAACAAAGUGCCCAGCAAGAUGUACAAAUAUCUGUUCUGCCUCGCUCUCAUCGGCUGCGCCUGCGCCGACAACAUCAACAAGGAUGCCCAGAUCCGCAGCUUCCAGAACGAUGCCACCGACGCCGAGGGCAACUAUCAGUUCGCCUACGAGACCAGCAAUGGCAUCCAGGUCCAGGAGGCGGGCAAUCCCAACGGCGCCCGCGGUGCCGUGGCCUAUGUGUCGCCGGAGGGCGAGCACAUCUCGCUGACCUACACGGCCGACGAGGAGGGCUACCAUCCGGUGGGCGACCACCUGCCCACUCCGCCCCCCGUCCCAGCCUACAUCCUGCGCGCCCUGGAGUACAUUCGCACCCAUCCCCCGGCGCCCGCCCUGAAGGAUCAGCAGUAAUCCGGAGCAGCAACAGCUCUCCAGUGCCAGCAGCACGAGAUCAAGAACGGCAGCCAGUCAUUGUUAUAAAGGGA